AGUAGUGGCAGCCCACGAACAUUUUGGAAGGCAGAAAUAAUGUUUUGACCCCCCAAAAGGGGAAAUCAAUUCAGAAUCGAAAUUAGUAAAUCUAUCAAGAUGUAACCUAUCAACUGGAACGUAACCCGUAUACUUAAGGGUUAUAUUUGAUGUAUUAAUAGGAUAUGGGCUCGUAUAUUUUAUGUAAUUGGGGCCGGGCGUCCAAAAGUAUGUGUUUGGGGCUCUUGGAGGUCUUGAAAUGGCUUUGAACUGGAGGUGAAAGGGUGGCUAAGUGGCACUGGGUUUAGAGGAGGAUAGGCAUCAGGGAAGUCCAGGGUAAAGGAACUUUAAAAAUGCAAAGGAUGGCAUCCCAGAGUUCACCGCCGUUAAUGAACUGAGGCCCUAAGUGAACACAAAUGAAUUAAGUAAGGCGUCCCAGGAUGAGGAGUUAGACUACACCCCGAACCUGCAUUUUGGAGUUACAAAGCAGCAUGUCUGCCGAGUUGUUUUGGGGGAUUCUUUGGGCUUGGUUUGCCUCUUUCUCGUUAACCACAACAAAAAGCUUUAUAGUGAACCCAAAUCUGCCACUUCUUACUUGUUAUUUGAAUAAUUCCACCAGCAGAGGAGAAAAAGCAAGGAUAUUGGUGGCUAUAGGAGAUAGAGCUUUCACUGUCACUUUGCAUCUAUAUAUUGCUUUGUGCCCUAUCACCAGCAGAUCAAGUAGGAGGAUUAAACACUUUAAGAUGAGAAAAGUUGAUCUUUGUUUAAGCUCUGAAGGGACUGAAGUUAUUUUAGCUACAUCAAGUGAUGAAAAACACCCACCUGAAAAUAUGAUUGAUGGAAAUCCAGAAACUUUUUGGACCACCACAGGAAUGUUUCCCCAAGAGUUCAUUAUAUGUUUUCACAAACAUGUGAGGAUUGAAAAGCUUGUAAUCCAGAGUUACUUUGUGCGGACCUUAAGGAUUGAAAAGAGUACUUCUAAAGAGCCAGUUGAUUUUGAGCAAUGGAUUGAAAGAGAUCUAGUACAUACAGAGGGGCAGCUUCAAAAUGAAGAAAUUUUGGCACGUGAUGGCCACGUUACUUACUUGAGAUUCAUUAUUGUAUCAGCCUUUGAUCAUUUUGCAUCUGUGCAUAGCGUUUCUGCAGAGGGAGUAGCAGUCUCAAAUCUUUCUUAGUAAUUAUAAUAUGCCCAUGCACUAUUUUUUAACAGUAUAUUUAUUUAAACAUGAAGUUGUCAUUAUUAAAGGAAUUUGUAUCAAUCUGUUUCAGUUUUAUUUUUCCCUUCAGCAUUUUGUAGGAAUUUGGUUCAUCAGACAGCAGUGAUGGCCAACAUGUAGGUCAUAAGAAAGCUUUUGCAAAACAAAAGUUUUUGUUUCAGUAUACAACUUAACCAAGUACAUAACUAUACAUGAAAACAACUGGUAAUACAUUGUGACUCCGCAGCAUCUAACAUGGUACCCUUCAGAUAUCAGUGCAUUAAUUUUUUAAAUUUAUUGAUUGAUGCAAAUGGCUAAAUGAAAAAUAUGGACAGUAAACAACAUACAAGUUCAAAGAAGAGAAAAUAUUUAUGGGAACAUUUCCUUGAGGUCAUGGAAUUUGAGUUGGGCCCUAUAGGACAAAUCAUUUUAUUUUUUUCUUUUAAUUUUAUUUUGUCUUGAUUUGAAGACUUCAGAGAAGAGUUAGGAAACAUAAUCUUAUUUCCCAGAGGCAACCAUUAUUGAUAUUAUUUGAUUCUUUUUUUUUUUUUUUACAUUUUGAGGAGGUAAGAAACAAGAUAGGACAUUUUGUGGAGAUAUAAGACAUCUCUGAAUAUAUCUUUCUAUACAACUUGAAAUAAAAAAUGUAGAUAAUAUAGCCAAAAGUUAAAAUGACAAAGCAAUUCUAAAAUGUUGAAAAUAAAUAGAAAGGCAUGAACCUAC